AUGCAUUUUGGAGAAUUAAAGACGUACAUUUACCCAACCAAUUUUGAAGUUAGAGAUUACCAGUACAAUAUCGUGAGAUCCGCCUUCUACCACAACUUAUUAGUGGCAUUGCCAACUGGGUUGGGUAAGACAUUCAUAGCAUCCACGGUCAUGUUGAACUUUAUGCGCUGGUUCCCUGAAUCCAAGAUUGUAUUCAUGGCGCCAACCAAGCCGCUAGUCGCGCAACAAAUCAAAGCCUGUUGUUCUAUAACAGGCAUACCAACGUCAAAAGUCGCCAUCUUGCUAGAUAAAGCUCGCAAGAAUCGAGAGGAAAUCUGGAACUCGCGUCAAGUGUUCUUCACCACGCCGCAGGUGGUGGAGAAUGACCUAUGUGCCGGCGUGGUGGACCCCAAGUCGAUAUCCUUGCUCGUUAUCGAUGAAGCCCAUAGAGCACGUGGAAAUUAUGCCUACAACAACGUGACCAGAUUUUUGAAUCGGUUCAAUUUCUCAUUCAGGAUAUUGGCGUUGACUGCUACACCAGCAGCCGACGUGGAAGGGGUCCAAGAAGUCAUUGACAAUUUGCUGAUUUCCAAAGUUGAGGUGCGGACCGAGCAGAGCAUCGACAUUAUAAAGUAUAUGAAGAGCAAGAAAAUCUGUCGACGUGUUUUGGACAUCUCGGACGAGAUCAAGGAGUGCAUUGAUGCACUUUCCGAAGCGAUUGCCCCGGUAUUGAGGUUGGCUAAUGAGAAAGGGUUGAUUGAUGUGACGGACCCUUCCAAAAUCAAUGCAUUCAAAUGUAUGGAGGCAUCAAGAAGGCUUCUUGCGGACAAAUCUAUGCCUGAAGGCUUGAAAUGGGCAAACUACUUUAUCAUUCAGCUUUUGGGCACCGUAGGGCAAUGCUUGAGGCGAUUGAACAUCUAUGGGGUUGCUUCGUUUUUCAGUUAUUUCACGGAAAAGUACAAGGAAUUCAAAACCAAAUGGAAUGCCAAAAAGUCCAAAAACAAACUCAAUGCUGAUUUUUACUUUAGUGAGCCAAUAAAGAGAUUGAUGGAAAAGCGGGAAAAGAGAGAAGAGAGAGAAAAGGGGGGAAAGGGGGAUAAUGACCUGCCAGAGACAGUGUACAGCCACCCCAAGAUUGAAGCAGUAAUGGAGGAGCUUGAUGAUUUCUUUCUGGAGAAGAAGGACAGCAGCUCAAGGGUCAUCAUUUUCACAGAAUAUCGAGAAUCCGCUUUGGAGAUUGUGAGCACUAUUGAAAAAGCAGACUCUGGAAUCAAGCCACAUAUUUUUAUAGGACAAGCCAAGGAAAAAGACAAAUUCGAUGAAGAAAACUAUGGGAAGAAGAAAGGUGCCAAUAAUAAGAGGAAGAGUAAGAGGUUGGACGAUGAGCUUAGAAGCAACAGUCGAAGUAGUUCCGAAAACGCCCAAGUUACCGGAAUGAACCAAAAAUUACAAAAGCAAAUAAUUAAGCAGUUUAAAAACGGCGAGUACAAUGUGCUCGUGGCGACAUCGAUUGGUGAGGAAGGUUUGGAUAUUGGUGAAGUUGAUCUUAUCAUCUGCUACGAUUCAACUGCAUCUCCCAUCAAAAAUAUCCAGCGCAUGGGUAGAACUGGGCGUAAGCGAGACGGGAAAGUGGUUCUCUUGUUCUCAAGCAAUGAGGAGAUGAAGUUUGACAAGGCCAUGGCCGGCUACGAGUAUAUCCAAACCCACAUCAUGAAGGGAGACUUGAUCAGCGUCUGCCAGCAAAACCGCAUUUUACCAGCCGAGUACAAGCCGCAGGUUGUAGAGAAAUUUAUUGAAAUUCCAGAGGAGAAUAUGGAAAUCAAACGUGAACAAGACGACGAUGAGGUGAUCCGGAUAGCGACUCAAUACAUGUUGGGAAAGACCCCCAUAGCCAAAACGCGGGCAAAGAGGGGCAAGCAGUUUGCGAAUGACAGAAACAACAGCAAGCGCCAAAAGCGGUUUUUCUUACCAGACAAUGCAAUAACCGGGUUCAGAAAUGUAUCGAACAUGCUACAGGCUGAGUGUGCUGAAACCAGAGAGGAAACAGUCGAGGAGCAACCAAAACAGCAACAACAACCACGUGCAAGGACUGUUUUGGAUGAUCUCAUGGAAUCUAGUAGCGACGACGACGCGUUGAGCCCCAUGCAUGUGCAUGACGCCAAGUCAUUUGCCGUGGUGAAGGAUGAGGUUGUUGAUUCGCUAAGCGAGGAUGAACAAGCAAACAAAAGCGAGGACCAAACUCCCGCAACGUCAUUCAUUGAUGGUAUAGACAACACCCCAAAGCAAGAUCCGGCCUUUGCACCUCAUGCACCAGACCAGGCCACCAUUGAUCUUUUAGGCGAAGAGCUUUUGUUCAGCGAGGAUGAAGAUAUGCCGCUUCUCGAACCAAAAGGGCCCAAACCCAAUGAAAAAGAAUCCAAGUUGGACUCUGGCAUUGUUUCGAAAACAAGUUCAAACAAAGCCUUGGGCAUCCCUCGCCCUCACUGUUUGAUAAGAGAGGCUCUGCCGAAACCGAGAUUUCUCAUGGAUGAAGAAGAAGUCCGCAAAUUUAGAGAGGAGCAGCGCCACUUGAAGACCGCUGCUGCUGAAACCACCACAACAACGAGAAAGUCAUUGGGAGCCACGAAACUGAGACCAGUACGCAUAGCACCGAGCCUGAAGAAGCAAGAAACUGACGCUGGGGCAAGCGGACAGUUAUCACCGGAUGCGCCAGUGGCGGCCGAAGUACAAGAAGUAUGGACAGACCCCGAAGCCGAAGCGGACGAUCCCUUUGACGACGACGAUUUGGACGAAGUCAUAGCGCAUUACGCGUCCAAAAACGCAUCCUAA